UUGCAUAACCAACACUUCGCUAUGUUGGUCGCCGUUCGCCGCGGUUCUCUCUUGUAGUUAACUUCCCCGUCCAGUCUGUAUAUUUUGUCCGAGGUAGUUGCUGCUGGACACAGCUGAACGAUUCUCGAGUUUGAGACCGCGAUCUAAUAGAAAACGAGUCAUAAAACUACGCCAGUUAGAACAGCUCAACCUGCGAUACAUACUAAUAGAAACUUAUGUAGUGAUUCGCAUCAUUUUUUAUUUGUAUAAAGCAUCAGAGAAUUCGCAGAAUAAUUAUUUGAAGCGCGUUUUUCGGGAGGAACAAUGUUACUGGUUACUGUUAGCUAACCUGGCAAAUGUAGCGGAUUUGGCGAGAGUCGUGGCAAUUUUUUGGGAGUUUUGCCUUACCUAAAAAAGGAGUAGAAAAAGCAGCAUUGCGUGUGUGUGACUUGCGUUAAUGCCGUCCUUGGUUUUUUUUUGUGUUUGCGUCUAUACAUGUAGUGUACUGUGAAAAAUAGUAAAACUUUUAAUUUGGUAAAAGAUUAACUACUUCUGGAAUUUGUGGCUUGCAAAUGGACAGUUGAGGUUCUUGCAUGUAGUGUCCGUUGUGAAGAAAGAAGAAACAAAAUGGAUGAGUUACAACAGCUGCACCGCUCAGUCGAUCACCAAUACAGCGAUAAAAACCCUGUUGGUAACAACAACAAACCGCUGAAAGACGAGGUAAUGCAGGACGCUGGCGUUCACGAUGGCAGUGGACACUCGGUUGAUAGUGGCUAUAAUUCAUACCAAUCGUUCAACGCUUCUUCUUCGGUGGCUCGAUCGGUGCUGGCCACAAUCGAGGAAGAUAAUGAGGCGGAUACCAGUUUGGACGAACUUCGUUCGUCGGAAACUCCCCUGAGUCAAAAUAGUAUUCUUACUCCCACUACGGCGGCGAGCAUUGAACAAAUAUCAAACUUUCAUCUGACAACACCAAAUAGUGCGAUGAAAAAGCCACUGGAAAAGCGUAUAGUUCUUGCCCGCAAACCUACCUGUCAGAAUUUGUUUGUCCAGCGCACUCCAGAUAAAACGAACGAUGAAAACAAUUUUUACGAUCAAAAAGGUACACCAGUCCGAUCUGGUCGGAAAUCCACUUUGGGAAGUUUCACACCUCGCAAAAAUAAAGCAUCUGCCAAAAGGAAACUAUCAACCUUUCGGGAGAAACUGUACUCGGAUGGUGACAAUACUGAAAACCUGCGAUCUCAGAUUCAUUCAAACGAUUCCUUGAACGCAGAUUGCAAGCAGUUAGAGCAAGAAGACAUUUCACCAAUUUUCCACUCAAAACGUCGUAGAAAUUCCGUGAUUGAUGAUCUUAUACGAUCAAGUACACCAAAAACAGCGAGCUUCGAGCAGCGUUCUUUUAAUGUUGAAACUCGUGAAAAUAUCGACCACAAUGCAUUACCACAAAGAAAAGUGGAUGGCUAUAUGCGUAAGCCGCUCACUCUGCGCAGGUUCCAAAGUUUUAGCCCUAGCAAGAUGCACAGUUAUCGUGGGCGAGGUUCAAUAUUGCAGGAACAAUCAAUGAACACCAAUCAUAGGGCUCCCCUACAGAGACAAAAUGCUUUGGAAGUAAUGUCCCCACGGAAUACUGUUAGACCUUCCACCAUUACUACUACACAAAAAGCAUCCGUAAAAUCUACAGAUAAAGCAAAGUCGACAAAAACUGUCGAUAUAGUUCCAGCAAAGACAGAAAGUAUCAGUGCCUUGCUAGAUGCUCCGUUGCUGCCAUUGCAAUCGAGUUCCGUUGACAAUUUAAAAGAAGCAGAUUUAGACCGGGAAAUAACGCAGCUUCCAUCGUUUGAUGACUUUAGCUUAACUCCCUGCAAAGCCAACAUCACGGCAGCUGCUUGUCCACAAGAUUCCAUACUGCGUGAGGCGCCGGUGCGUAAACCAGCAUGCAUGAUAACCUCGAUUUUGGAUAAUGAUUCUGCUUUCAUCGACUCUCUAAGCAUUCCCAUAACACCCACCUCUAUUGGAAAAAGUACCAAACUGAAACGUUUGUCAUCGCGCAGUCUAUCGUCCACUAAGAAGGGAAAAUCUCGUAGCAAACCGUCGUCUCCAAAGCUUCGCUCGCAACCAGUCAUCCCGGGAACAUACCGUCGAUCUUACGUGGGCGUUGAAAGACUAAAUAUACUGAAACGGCUGAACGAACAGGAUAAAGACGCUCUGGGGAUUCUUCUGGAUUAUCUUGCCGACAGUGACCUGGUUCAAGUAGUGGCAGUUUCGCGCGGAUGGCGUUCUAUAAUUGAAUCGCAUCGCCGCGUCAGUCGACGAUUGCAUGAUUUUCUGGCUCGCGAAUCACACUACAAAGAAAAUUUAGAUCGAACUGGACUAGCAGAAGUAGCUGCUGCGGACUGCAGUUUCCUGUUGCUGGGAAAAUCGGUCAGCAGUGAUGGAGCAAAGGAACUGAAGGAUUCUGUGGCGGCUACAGCACAAGUGAUACACCGUCAGCCGUUCAGUUUGUGCAACUCUAUCGAUGGCAAUAGUUCGGCGCUGGAACAGAGACGCGCCAGCUCGGUACAGAAGUCACCACCCGUUAGUCCAUCUAAGAGAAAGUUUCGAGAGAAUCAGAAGAUUGCCUCGCAUCUGAAAAAAUCUGAAAGACUGAAAACUUGCCCUCGCUGUGAGAAACCAAGCCGCGUAGUGCUCUGCAGAACCAGGCUGGCGCCGGGCGUUGGAAAUCUCAGCCCAGGAUCAGUGGUAAAGGUGCUUGAGAAAUCCUACACGCUUCCUGACACUAGCAGCAGCAAUAAUGCAAGCGCUGCGUCCAUCGUUAGUCCGGUGUCCCCAAACAAAUCGGACCGAAUCCGUCGCAACCUGUUUUCGACCAGUUUGCUUCCGCGAGCCUGUUCGGCGGAAGCCCGUUCGACUCCCGUUUUCCGAGGUAACGCUACACGUAGACGCAGUUCUGCCGAUGGCAGUGCAAAUUUGUCCGCUUCGUUGAUGGAGCGCAAAAUGCUCAGGAACGGAAGCCACCAGAAACGUGAUGACGGUUCGCAGUGUGAUUACGCUGUCUGUAGCGGUAAAAGUUGUGGGUUUGUGUUCUGUAUCAAAUGUCUGUGUGAAUACCAUCCGGAUUCAGUGUGUAAAGAUUUAGCACCAAACUCGCCUAGCAAAGAGGACGAACCGGCGCACAAUGUCGCAUGUAGUAAACAGAGUCGCCGUUCUCUACUGAGAUUGCGCAAGUAGAUAUCCGUUGUACCUUUGUUCAUCGUUUCAGGGAUAGGUUACGAAUCACUAAACGGUAUUCAAAUUGUUCUAGAUAGUUAUUUAUUGCUAUUAGGUAUGUAAGUUCUCACGUUUCAUUUCCCAGUUGAAAAUUCGGAUUUUUGUAUUUGUACUUCUUUUAUUUUAAUGUGUUUUUUUUUCGUAUCAAUGACGUGCAAUUGUAUUGAUUUUCUUUUAUCGCAGACCCUUUGUCCUACUUAUGAAGAAACUAAAAGUAAUACACUUCGUUUCAUUUUUCUCCGAAGGCUAACAUUUUUAUUUAAGAACUUAAUUAUCCCAGUAUCGUUUGAACAAAAGACUUAUAGGUUUACGAUUUGCUACUAGUUCAAAGAUUUAUGAAAAAGUCUUGUGAAUUAGGCAAAAGAUAAAUUUUGUCUUGUCUAGUUAGCUGUAGUAGUUUCAAAAACAUUCUCAGCAAUAAUGCAAAAAGUAUACAACAUCGAGCAAACAAUGAGCUAAAAGACUUAGCAGUCGAGAUUCAGUAUCGUGCAGCGAUUUUUAAAAGACAAUGACAAGAGUGUAGUCGAAUCUAAACAAUCUCAAAACUACCUCGUGAAUUACCGUAAAUUAGCACCGCGGGUAACUUUAAUCGAAUAGUGUUAGGCUUGUGGCUGGUUUAGCAUGUAUCACAUCACUACUUUCCGAUUGAAUCGUGAUUUGACAAAAUGGUCAAUUCUACCAUUGAAAAAACAUCAUGAUUGGUGUUUGGUAAAAUCUAUCCUUUUGUCGAUCUAUGAAAUAAUUGUGGCGAUUAGCAUUUAUAUGAACACUUUUUUACGUUUCCUAAUAAAAUUCGUUGAAACCA